CCCCCAGCCCUCAUCUAACUUAUUUCAGAACAGAAAAUCAAGGUUAUUCUGUCCUUUUGCUUUUGAGAAAUCAAACAUCAGAAGUAAAGCACUUUUUAAAGCACAUUUUCUUGAUAUGUCUUGAUCCUACCUCAGAGUCUGACAUAGUAUUUUGUAGUGCCAAAAUGAGAAUUUCAUUAGCAGACUUUUUUUAAAAAAAAGUGAUAAAUGCUUAAUCUCAAGGGAAAAAAGUUGAUGACAUUUAAAAUUUCUGCUUUGGAUGAUAUUUAUUCUAUCCCUCAUCUAACAGUCACAGUCUAGUUAAAUUACAGAAUGAAAUAAGGAGUCAUUUGCAUGCGGAGAUGCCACUUACUUCGAGAAACCCUAAUGAUGAAAAAUACAGAUCAAUCCGAAUUGGAAACACAGCUUUUUCUACUAGACUCUUGCCUGUCAGAGGAGCUGUUGAAUGUUUAUUUGAAAUGGGUUUUGAAGAGGGAGAAACACAUCUUAUCUUUCCUAAAAAAGCUUCAGUGGAGCAGCUGCAGAAAAUCCGUGACCUGAUUGCCAUAGAGAGAAGUAGUAGAUUGGAUGGGUCAGAUAAGAGCUUUAAAGUAGGAUCAUCUCAGCAACAGGCCUCUGGGACCCAGAUUCUUACAACACAGUCUUCAAAUCUUAAUGAAUCCCAGUAUCCAGGGAACCAUCAAGGGCAAUCAUCACAUUCACUCUCUGCUCCAAAGGUUAUUGCUGAUUCAGCCAUUCUAAAAGUUCUACAAUCCAACAUUCAGCAUGUGCUUCUCUAUGAAAAUCCUGCUCUCCAGGAGAAAGCAUUGACUUGCAUUCCAGUCAAAGAACUAAAAAGAAAAUCGCAAGAAAAGCUAUCCAGAGCUAGAAAGUUAGAUAAAGGUUCUAAUAUCAGUGAUGAGGAUUUCCUUUUGCUGGAGCUUCUACACUGGUUUAAAGAGGAAUUUUUUCACUGGGUAAAUAACGUCUUAUGCAGCAAAUGUGGUGGAGAAACUAGGUCUAGAGAGAAAUUAUUGCCCAAUGAUGAUGAGCUGAAGUGGGGUGCAAAAAAUGUAGAAGAUCAUUACUGUGAUGCAUGCCAGUUCAGCAAUCGUUUUCCAAGAUAUAACGACCCUGAGAAACUUUUGGAAACAAGAUGUGGACGAUGUGGCGAGUGGGCCAAUUGCUUUACACUGUGCUGCCGAGCUUUAGGGUUUGAGGCUCGCUACGUUUGGGAUUAUACAGACCAUGUUUGGACAGAAGUCUAUUCUCCUUCUCAGCAGCGGUGGCUGCACUGUGAUGCAUGUGAAGAUGUCUGUGACAAACCACUCCUUUAUGAAAUAGGAUGGGGCAAGAAGCUUUCUUAUGUCAUAGCAUUUUCUAAAGACGAGGUAGUUGAUGUCACUUGGCGGUAUUCUUGUAAACAUGAAGAGGUAAUCUCUAGGAGAACUGAAGUUAAAGAAGACUUACUUCGAGAAACUAUUAAUGGGAUUAAUAAGCAGAGACAACUAUCUUUGUCAGAAAAUAGAAGAAAAGAACUUCUCCACAGGAUAAUUGUAGAGCUUGUUGAAUUUAUAUCUCCCAAAACCCCUAAGCCUGGAGAGCUGGGUGGAAGAAUAUCUGGAUCAGUGGCUUGGAGAGUGGCCCGAGGAGAAAUGGGUCUAGAGAGAAAGGAAACCCUGUUCAUUCCUUCUGAAAAUGAGAAGAUGUCUAAACAUUUCCACCUUUGCUACAAUAUUGUGAAAAAUCAUUAUGUUCGAGUUUCAAAUAACAAUCAAACCAUUUCUGGAUGGGAGAAUGGUCUGUGGAAAAUGGAAUCCAUAUUCAGAAAAGUUGAAACAGACUGGAACAUGGUAUACUUGGCUCGAAAGGAAGGAUCAUCUUCUGCUUACAUUUCCUGGAAGUUUGAGUGUGGCUCAGUUGGCCUAAAAGUAGAUAGCAUUUCCAUCAGAGCAAGUAGUCAAACCUUUGAGACUGGAACAGUAAGGUGGAAGUUGCGAUCUGAUAGUACACACAUAGACCUGACAGGCGAUAAAAAUCUUCAGUUGUAUAAGGAUUUUUCAGGUGCCACUGAAGUUAUUUUGGAAGCAGAGUUAAGCAAAGGAGAUGGUGAUGCUGCUUGGCAACAUACGCAGCUGUUUAGACAGAGCUUAAAUGACCAUGAAGAGAAUGGUUUGGAGAUAAUCAUAAAGCUCACUGAACUCUGACAGCCUGACCAUUCUAGAAAAGCAGGCAGUAAUCAAGGAUUUAUCAUGCGAGUUGUCUGGAUUUAGUGCAUGCUCAUUUGGCAAUUUACCACCCUGUGCCCACAUACUUCUUUUGCUAGCUAUCCAUCAUGUAUCCCUCAUUAAAAUAUAUCUUUAUACUGUGAACCAUAAUGAAUCUUGACUUGAAAACUCCCUUUCAUAUAUCACUUACAACUCAGUGUAAAGUGUCUUGUCCCCAUAUGAGAUUCUAAUUCAAAUAGUUUUAAAGAAAAUGAUGGUGUUCAUGACUAUGCUGUUCAUAAUUAUGGUAAAAUCUUGGGCUAAUAGUAAAUUAACAUUUUCUGGUCAGACAUUAAUGUCUUUAUAAGUAGUUGAAUUAGAUUUUCUUAAUAUUUUUAAGUUUUAACAAAUGUGCUUAGUGCAGUAUCUUAUAAGUUAUAUAAUGCAUGAAAAUUUUUAUGGUUGUAAAUAUAUAGUUAUUAAAUAAAAAUUAUUUUGCCUUACACCUUUUUAGUGCUUACUUUGGCUAUAUACAAACCUAUGUUAUAUGUCCUAAGCAUUGAAAAACACUGAAUAAGCAAAAGUUAUGAAAACAUUUAAUAUUGACAGCAUAAAUUCAAAGAUACAUUGUAAGUUCCAUAGUUGUGAACACUUGAAAUGGUUUACAUUUAAGUUGUAAACUACCUCAUUGAAUAAAGUAUUUAUGAUUUUGAAACUA